AUGCGAACCUCCUGUGCAUGGACGGGAAUCUCUAUAGCCUCUUCAAUGAAAUGCUUUCUAAACAGUCUCAUUCCAAGUAGCCCCACACUUACAACAUCGUAUCAAGUCUGCCCAACUUCUCUUCCUUCCGAAAGCGUGCAACAACACCGCGUCACGUUCACCGUUGAUCCAACUUUGGUCGACAUAUGCAAAGAGCUGAAUCAGGCCGUUCCCGAGUUGCCCUCUCCGGUCCUGUUAGCGAUACGGGCAGCUUGCUGUCGUGUUGCUAACCUAUCUGGAGCUCUCGAGCAGCACGACAUCGUCUUACGCGAGCUGGCUCGCACUCAGACUCUUGCGCCGGACGGAGAUCAUGGUUCCGCGGAAUUGUUGCGCAUGCGUUUGGGUUCAUCAUUGGCUCAUUAG